GAUAAAGUAGUGUUAAUCACGGGCUCGAGCGCCGGCAUCGGUGCGGCCACUGCUGUUGGGUUCGCCCGUUCGGGAGCACAGGUUGUGGUGACCGGACGUAACCCACAGAGAGUCAGUGCAGUCGGGAAGCAGUGCACAGACGUAUCGCCCAAUGGGUUGACAGCACUGGAAGUGACGGCAGAUGUGAGCAAAAAAGUUGAUUGCAAACAACUCAUCGACUCUACGGUUAAGGCGUUUCAUAGACUCGACGUUUUGGUCAAUAACGCGGGCUAUGGUCUCAGCGCCGGUAUAACUGAUCCACAGUUUGGCCAAAAAUUAGACGAUAUGUUUGCCGCUAACGUUAAAUCAGCCACUCUUUUGACACAAUUAUCUGUCGAGCAUUUGACCAAAACUAAUGGCAAUAUUAUUAACAUUUCAAGCAUUUCCGCCAAUCAAGCAACACCUAACUUGUCAGGGUAUUGUAUGACGAAAAGUGCCCUGGACAUGUUUACAAAGUGUGCGGCUGUCGAGUUAGGGCCUAAAGGCAUUCGGGUUAAUACAGUGAGCCCGGGUGCUGUGCGGACAACAGCGCGCGCAACACGUGGUGAAGCGCCCGAAGACACCGAUAGGUUCUACCAGAAAGUGAGCGAUAGAUAUCCAGUGGGCAGACAUGGAGUGCCUGAAGAUAUUGGUAACGCUAUAAUAAGUGUCAACACAUACAACAUGGCAACAGUUGAACUCAUGAACUUUGAAUUUUGCAAACAAGUGGACGACAUCAAGGGUUAUGUCGACGAAACAGGACUCGCAUUAAAUUUUUAUGAAAAUUUAUUGUGUCGCAGAAACACCAAAGGCAGACACUCGAUGUCAAUGAUUGAUGAAUUGAUGUCUACUAGUCUGGCACUGGUAGGUAAACAACCCGAGGCCUACGACAGUAUCAAACUGGUAGGAGAGGCACUAAAAGGCGCUAAGAAUAAGCUCGAGGUGGUAAUUGGUCUCAAGAAAUGUCUGAUCGAGAUGAAAAAGUUGUUUACAGAGAUGGCACAACUGCCCCAAUACGUGCUCAGUUGUGUUGAGUUACAAUUGGCCCGCAAUCGGGUCCGAAAUGAUGGCCGC